AUGCCUCCCAAUACUAUGAUGGAGUGGAUUAUGGGACGCAAUCUCACUCGCACCGAAAAGGAGAGACUGACAACACCCGAGCCGGAGAGACGGAGAUCAGAGGAGAAAGAGUACAGAGGCAGAGAUUACAGGCGCCGCGAUUCUAGACCCCGGCCCCCCUCUAGGCAUCGGUCCCCGUCCCGAGACAGAUACUACGAUCAACAAGGUUCGACUACUGCUCAGCCGCCCACCAUGCAUCGAGCCAGUGAGCACCACGAGCACCGCGAGCAUGGCGAGUCCCGUCAUCCUCGACAGCACAAGAGUUGUCACAAAGCAAGAGCCGCCCAAGCUGCCCAAGCCGAGACGGCUUCCGUCGACAUCGAGGCUACUGCUGCCGCUGCCGCCGCACUUAAAAAGGCUAGUGUUGUCAUUGCCCGAGCUGAGGCUAGAAUAAUUGCUACGGUUCACGCUGCUCAAGACAGGAAGGUGGCCAAAGAGAAAGCGAAAGAAGAGGAGGCCAAGAGGAAGGCAGAGAUCGAGGCGGCCACGACCAAGCGACUUUCCGAGAUCUUUUCAGACGUUGACUCAGACGAGGAGGAGCGCGCCAUGGCUAUAGCGUUGGCAGUUUCCAAGGCUUACAAGCAACAGCAAACAAAGGGCCAACCGAGCGAUCCCAAGUCAUCUCCGUCAAAGGAGAAGAAGGCUGACUCUGCCAAACCCAAGGAGGUCAAGAAGACUCAAGAGACGGAGAAACCUGUCAACACCACAGCCAAGAAGCCGAAAUUUCAGGUCGAGGUCUAUACGGGCAGCGACGGCGAGGGCGAGACUUUUGUCGCAAAGGUGCCGCUUCAGAGCAGCAAGACGCCGGCCGAGGCUAAACUGGCCCCUCCCGAGCCUGACGAGAAGGGUGAGUCCAGCAAGACCAUGGAGGCGGAGAAGAAGGUCGAGGGCAACAUGAAAGCAGAGGACAAGAAGAAGGCUGAUAACAAUAAGACCGAGGACAAGUCAAAAGACAACAAGUCGGGCCAGAACAACACGAAGAAGCAAGACACGGGCCCUCCUGACGACUUUGUCACCCCCGAUCUGGAGCCCCAUGCCACAUGCGGCUGCGAGAACUGCAUUCAGGGUCGGAGACUCCUGGGCCGGGAGUUGAGCAAGCCCCGAACUAGAAAGGAGAUAGCCGCGGCGCUGCUUACGGACUGUCUGAAGAAGAAGGGUGGUUCUGCGGGGAAUGACAAGGGCAAGAAGGAUGGGAAGAAGGACGGAAAGGAUGAUAAGCAGGAUGACAAGAAGGGUGUGAACAAGGAUGCCAAGAAGGACGAGAAACAGGAGGGCAAGAAAGACGACAAGAAGGACGAGAGGCAGGAGGGCAAGAAGGACGAUAAAAAGGGAGACAGGGGCAAGCAGGAUAACCCCCAGAACAACAAGAAGGCUGCCGGCGACAGCUCUGGUACCAGCCAAAACCAGAACAAGUCUGAUCAGCAGAAACCCGACGGUGGCAACCAGUCUUCGAACAACGCCCAGGGAUCAGCCACCGUCCAGCAUGUCCCCUCUCGCUCAGCCACCGUCCAACCACCGCGCAACGCCUACUACCUAGACGGUCAUGUCCAAGUCUUUGACAGCCCAGCUCAGCAGCCCGCUGUGCCUGCGGGCUUUCCGCCGGCUCCUAUCCACCCCCAGUUCCAGAACUAUGGCUACGCCGGGGAUGGUGUUGUGCAUCCUGUGACCAACAUCAUCCACACAGACUGCCCGAAUCCCUACUGGUCCCAUCAACCUGGCGGUCCUGCGUGGGGGCAGGGCCAGGGCCGGGGGACACCUAGGACGCAGCAGGGAACUCCGAAUGUGGCUUCUGGCUCUGGCGGCAACAACGGCGGUGGAGGGAACAACGGUGGAGGUAACAACCAGGGCGGAAGUAACAACCAGGGCGGAGGUAACAACCAGGGCGGAAGUAACAGCAAAGGAGGGAAGAACAAGAAAGGAGGGAAGAAGGGCAAGUCGGCCUCUCCUGCUGUUCAGUUCACCGAGAGCACCAAGGCCGGGUCUGAUGAUGGCAACAAUGACAACAACGGUGGCAGCUGGGGUAACGGAAACGACAAUUCCAAAGAACACUCCAAUGACAACAGUUGGGGGGGUUGGGGCAACGGAAAUGAUGACUCCAACGACAACUCCAACGACAACUCCAAUGAUACCUUCAACAACAACGGCGGCGGCGACAGUUGGGGCAGCGAAAACAACACCUUUGGGGAUAACAACGAUACCUCCAAUGACAAUGCGGGUGGCGGUUGGGGUAAUGAGAAUAACUCGUCUGGGGACAACAACGAUACCUCCAACGACAACAACAACAACAACAAGAAUAACAACAACAACGGCGACAACAGCUGGGGCAACGACAACAAUAACAAUGAUACCUCGGCUGAGAACAACACCAACGGCGGCGGCAGUUGGGGCAACGAUGACAACAACAACUCGGGUGACAACAAUGAUACCUCCAAUGACAACAGCUGGGGCAACGACAACAACAACAACAACAACAACACCUGGCCCGACCCCAGCCCCCCCUCUAAACCCCCCUCACCCUUCACCUUCCCCAAACCCGCCCCCCUCACAGGAACCAGCACCAGCAAAAAUUCCUCCCGCAAAAAACUCACCUUUCAACCUUCACCCCAAGACCAGUUCGACUCGGACAACGAAAACGUCGAUCCGAAUCCGUGGGACAAGAAGAAACCAAACAACAGUGAGAUGUCCAUGCCUGGCUCAUGGAACGAGACACCGGGGCCAAACUCCCCUGAGAAAAAGAAGGUGGAUAAGGGGAAGGAAAAGGCAGAGGGGGAGUUUAGGACUCCUAGUCCUGUUGGGAAGGAGGAUGAUGGCGGGGUGAAGUUGGGGAAUAAACUUGGGGGUUUUGGGUGGGGGCUGGGCGGGUUGGGGGGGGUUGGUUGCUGCUGUUGCUAG